AUACUACUGCAUUACUGGUUAUAGAUCGAUAUACAUUUUUUAUUCGGUCAUAGAAUGAAGCCUUUUCUAUGUCUGCAGGUGUUGGCGUGCUUUUUGCUGUUGGUCAAAUGUAAGUCAAUAUUUCGGAAUACAAACUGGCAUAGUUCUCGAGCGUGUGUUGCUUUGAAAAUCUAUUAAUUUAAUAUACAUUUUUUUUUUUUUUUUUUUUGUAAAUUUAGAAAAACUGUUUUAAAAAAUAUUUUUCUGAUAAUAAUUGUACUUAUAAUAGGUUUCUCGUGUAUAAUAAAAUCUAUCGAAGAAAUCAAAAAAAAAAUAUCUCAUACAACUAAUUUUUGGAAAUAUGAAUUGAAAUAAAAAUGAAUAUUGACUUUAAAUAUAUAUAUAUAUAUAUAUAUAUAUAUUGUAGGUUCAUCUAUAAACUCUUUUGACUGGAUUGGUGGUGUUGAUAGCAGCAUCAGUAGCAGCGAAGAAUCCGACGAAGAUAUUGAAAUUCAACCACCGGAAGAUUUUAUAGGUUUUCAGUACGUAGCAAGCGCACUCAAAUACCCUUAUCAAGUAAAUACUCAUUCGUAAUUUUAUCUGUAUAUAAAUAAUAUUUUAAAUAGAUUCGAAGUUCUUAUACUAUUAUGGUUUUGAUAGGUCGCGUUCGUGCUGAAGGGCAAAGAUUCGGUGUUGUGCCAAGGCGCGUUGAUCAGCACCGAAUGGAUCAUAACGACUGGAUCUUGUCUUAAAAAGUAUACUUAAUAUAAUUUAAAUUAAAUUUUAUUUUAACUAUAAGUUUUUAAUACUAUUACUUUCGAUUCUCCUUCUCUUCUUUCUUUUGGUAUUUGGUAUUUGGUAAAAGUAGGUACCCUCGUGUUUUUUUUAAUAACCUGCAGAUUCUGUUAACUACCUUUUUCCAUGGUUCAUGAGAACGAUAUGUUUUCGAGAAAAUGUUUUUUUCUGCUUCAUGUACAGAUAUGGUGGCGUGUCGGGAGAUUGGUUGAGUGCGGUGGUGGGAACAGUGAGCGUCCGUAAUCCUGAGGCCGUUAUCCGGCACUUGUCAUUCGCGGUCUUUCAUCCGCAGUUUGAUUUCGAUACCGGAGCCAAUGACGUAGCAUUAGUAAAGGCGAGUUAAAAAAAAAAUAAAUCCCAUAGUUUUGUAGGUUUUAUAGUCUGGUUAUAGCUGAAAAGUGUAGUGGAGCUAGGUUAGGUUAGAUAGUGAUAGCGUUCUCGACCAGUUUACGGCUCCGCGUGAACUCUGCUUAAACAAAACGAAAGAUAUCACCAAAAGUAAUCAUGAUUUUCAAUAAAUUUCUAAAGUAUAAAUAAUGAACAGAAAAUUAGGAAGUUGUUCAUCCGGGUAUAAAAAUAGUAUAUGCGGAGUUCCCCCUUCUUCAGAUCACGAUGUUUAUAAAAUGCGAAAUGUACACUGUACACGAUCUCCUAGUACCUUUAAGUAAAUAUACAUAGUAAUGUUACGCGAAUACGCGUAAGGAUAAAUUCUCGUUUUCUUCCAACCAUAAGCGUGCUCAGGUCCUUUUAGCAGUGGAGGCAACGAUCAUUAAAACCAAACCUUACACUAAAAUCAUACUUUCAAAUAGUCCAAAUAUUUUAGGCUUAAUAUCUUAAGCUCCUGUCAUUACAAUAUUGGUUUUGAAUACUUAUUAUUUUACUCGAUAAGUACUUUAUUUUCGGAGGCUUCGAUGAGUUUUCAGUAGAGGAAGGGGUGGUUGAAAUCCUCCAAAAGCUCCUCCCCUGCUUGUGCCAAUGUAUGAAGUUAAGGUACUACAUUAGGGUGCAUUGGGGUUUAGUAUUUAAAAAAAAAAAAUAUGUAUAUAUAUAUUCUAUAAAGUAUGUUUUUUUUUUUUUAUAUUUAGCAGUAAAUUUCACAGGGGAGGCAACCGCCUCUCUUGCCUCCCCUGUGCGCACGUUUAUGCUUCCCAACCCAACCUAGUUCUGGCCUUGAUAAUGUAUGCACAUAUAUAAUAUAUAUCAUAUACAUUGAAGAUAAAUGUUAUUUUUGUACUACUUUCUAGAUUAAACCGAUCGUCGAAAGCAAAAAUGUGAAACCGAUAAAACUGUCAAACUAUGUACAUCCCAUGGAAACGAAAUGCAAAUACAGUAGUUCAAGUGUAAGUGUAAAGUGAAAAUUAAAAUUUUCUAUGGAAGAUGUACUUCAAUCGUCUCAUUGCCACAAUUAAAAUAAUUAUAAUAUAUCACAAGCAUUUAAUGAAAUCGCUAAUUUCGUGAAUUGGAUGUCCAUUAAAAGCAUCCAUAUCGUGAAUGAUGUGAUUUUACACGAUGAUCGAUUAUGUCUUCAUUACGAAACGGAUUUUGAUUGCGUAGUUUUUAUGAAAUACCUAACUUUUUCUUAUACACAGAAUAUGAAUAGCUUUUAAUGAAAUAGAUUAUUUCAUUUUUUUGUUUUUAUCACACUGUCCUACCAUUAUUAUUCGAUUGUGCUAAACACUUAAAAUUACUGAUACCUACGCGUGUUUCAGGAAAACGCCGUUUAUGGUUUUUCGUUAAAACUGCUGGAUCCGGGCACAUGUGAUAAGAUUUCACUACCCAAACAAAUGUUGAAUUAUAAUUGUGCCGGUGUUGGUGAUGUGCAAUUUAUGACGAACACAGUGAGUCCAACACAACGAUAUUAUUUUUUCACUACUUUUAUCGACAUACUCCUUAACAUUUACAGUGGCUCAACCAUUUUUUUGAAAAUUGACCAUGAAAAAUAUCAUUCAAUUGCAUUAUAUUUAUACAGCACCUACCUAUGUAUCAAUCGAUCUUCAUUUAAUUUAUGAUUGUAGUAACCUAUUUUAGAUUCUGAGUGGAUCUUUUACAAAGAUAUUUAUUUUUUAGUUGUGCACAACUUUUAUACUAGAAAUCUUGCUCCGAUUUUUAGGUUCAGCACUUUUUCUAAAAUUAAAUUGGUGUGUGGAGGUACUUUAAAGAGGUAAUUUGUCGAUAUUCUCAAGAGUUUUCCUUGCAAAUGUGAAAAACCGGGAAAAAACAUUGGAAAACUAGGAAAAAUGGGAAAAUCGGUACAUUAAACAAAUCUUAUUAAAGAAUAAUAAUAAUUAUAUUAUAAUGCAUACAUGAUUAUUUUACAAUAAUAUAACAUGUAUAUUUUUGUCAAAACAUCACUAUCAACUUAACCCUACUUAGAAUCGUUUUUUAGUUCACAAUGGUUUAUCGUUCAUUGGGGCUCAUUAUUCUUAAAAUAAACGAUUUAAAAUAAUAAUGAUAAUCGUUGCUUAAAGGUAUACAUUAAAUUACCUAAAACAGUGGCUGCAUCCGUCCCCAUUAUACUAGUAUAGUUUUUUUUUUUUGUAUAUUUACUAAUAAUCGCUUGUCAUUUUUUUUUUUUUUUUGUCAGUUUAAAACCAUGGGAUCUCCUCUAGUGUGUGACGAACGGUUGUACAGUAUCAAAACGAGCGACGGCAUUUUUACAGCCGUCAACAAUAUCGAUUCAUGGGUAAAUUCAGUUUUGGAAAAAAGCAUCGAAACAAAUUUGGUAAACGAAAUACUAAAAUAAUAAUAAUUAUAAUAAAGUGGUUGUUUGAAAAUAAUGCUCAAAGCGAUAUUUACAUUGAACAAUUUCGCUUACUAUAAUACUAUUUUAAAACCUAUAAUUUAAAAUGCUCGAAUCAAAUUAUUAUAAUUCGAUUCAACUAUUUUUGUUUUUACAACCCCAGGAUUGAUUAAACGACUAUUUAUGAUUCUUUUCAUCUAUCUCUGUUGACUACUUUAGUUAUUUAUGCUAUACAUUUAUAUAUAUAUAUAUAUAUAUAUAUAUAUAUUAUGCUAGUAUUUUACGUCACUGGCUUCAUGAUGACCUUUGGUAUUCCCAUUCCUGUAUUAUAGUACAGUAUUUUCACGAUUUCUUCCUUGAAUUAUUACCGUUACAUGAAAGGUUAUAUCUUAUAAACUUUCCAAUCCGAUUCUUUCACUUGACCUAACUAAUUGACCAUUUAGAUUUCCACGGCGUGUCCAUCUUGACAUAUGAAUAACCUCCUUAUUCCUUAUUAUUUUGACCAUAAUAACACUGUACUCUUCUUUAUAUGUUAAAUGUUUUACUAUUGACUGGUCUCGUUUAGAACAUAACAUAAUGUUAUUUGUAUGAACUCAAGAGUAAACGACAUGAGAACAUUGAAUUUAAACGAUUAUAAUAUUAUUAAUAUCUAACGCAAAUUUUACUCUUAUUUGUUUUGUUUCAGGGUUAAAAGCCACAAGAAUCGAUUCCAUUAAAUGCACCAUUCCAAAAAUUUAUUUAAAAUUAGACGUUAUUAUAUUCUAUAUAACCUAUAUUAUAUUACAUGUGUUAUUGUUUUUA